UUUUGGAAAUGUACCCCUUGAUCAUCCGUAAGAUCUUCAUUUAAAUAUUAUAAAAUUUAAGUAAAAAAUGUAAUCUUAUUUAUCAUUCAAGGGUCUGCUACGAAAUACCAAUUCAUCCUAAUGCAAAAAAGGAAUUCACUUUCGCUAUUUUGCCAACUCAGGAAAACUCGUGUGUCGACAUCUGUCCUCGAUGGGGUCGUAUGCGCCCAGGUCAAAAACCUUUAACAGUCAUGAUAAUUUACAGACCACUUCAAUAUAUAAGUAUGCAUUUUCAAGUUCGAAUAUUUAUAUCUGAUUUAUGUAAAACUCCACACACUAUAAACUUCUAUGCGUGCACUCGACCAGGUCUUUUACGGUGAGGAACCUUAUUAACAUAAACUUUUAUUAAUAACAAAACAAAUGAUAAUUAAAUAUUCAAUAAUGAUAUACUUAGUGAAUCAAUCGAGAAUGCCAAACCGGAAGUAGAGUUCAAAAAGCAGCAAAAGAAAAUUGGCGGGCUUUCUUGUAAAGAAACGAAAUCGAUUUCUCGAAAGAAAGAUAUAUCGCAAUCAUAUACGAAAGAACCUUGUGGAAAGUACACAGACUUCGAUAAAAUGUUCCAACAGAAAUGUAGUUAUAUUCCUUUGUAUUCCCUACAUGCUACUAACUGUAUUUUGAAUUCAAAAACUCGAUCCUUCAAUGAAUAUGAAUUAACUGGUUAGGCUUCUCCUACAUAUAAAAUCUAUUUUAACAUGCAAUAAGAAUAUUUAAAAAUGCGCAAUUUGUAAUUAGGUCCUCUAGGCACUUAUUUGUUCGAAAUUAUGGAACAGAAAUUACAACAUAAAAAAGAAUUUUUUAUGAAAAUAGAGAAUCGGCGUAAUGAAAAUGAACAAAUUAAAUUUCACCAUAAACCAACAGUAACUUAUGAUGUCAAUAAUACUAAUGAAAAACAAAUUACUGAAAUUAAAAUUCACCGAGAACGAAUAUGGGAUAAAUACACGAAUUCAAUUUCAAACUCACGAAACGAAUUAUUUGAGAGACAAAAAGCAAACAAAUUUAAGCAGAGAAUUUUAAGAAUUCCUCACAAACAUCCUGAUGCAAUAUGGGUAUCGUCUCAAGAUGAAGUACUGUUUGUUCGUUAUUAUAAAAUCACACCUUUUCUUCAGGCUGCCCGUAAAAUUAUAUUAAGAAACCGAUUGUUAAAAGCACUUGAGCAACUAAGGAACUUGAAUUAAUACAACUAACCUUCAGAUUAAAAUGGUUACGUUAAAUGUCCAUAGAAAAUUUAAAGUUAAUGUCCAUAGAAAGUUUUGUUUCAAAAUAUGCGCACUUAGUAUGUAUAGUUUGUAGAUGUCGUCUCUAUAAAUGCCGCCAAAACUUAGGACUUUCUACUUGAUUCUUGGCACAAUUGAUAUUAUAAUAUAGAAAAUGUAAAAAAUAUAUUGUAAAUUUGAGUUUAAAUAAAAGAUUUUAUGCUGUUAACAAAACAUUGUACAAAUGGAUGUUUGUUUAACUUGCAAUUGCAAUGGAAAGGUAAAUUUUAACGAUUGGGAAUUAAGUAAAGAUGGAUUGUUUUUACGUGGAGAUGUGGAAAAUGUUUUGUAUCCACAAGAUGAACGCUUUUUAUCAGAUGUGGACAUACAACUUUUUGAUUGCACUGUGCCUGCAUCAACAGUUUUGUUAGACUUGGAACACUUUGUUAAGUGCAUGGAUAUGCAGCUAAAAAUUCUCAGUAGACAUGAGAAUUAUAAUCAAGUUUUAAAUUCUAAAACAAACGAUAUUGACUUUUAUUAUAUAAGACGUACAAUAUCUGAAUUUGUUUUAUAUAUGAGAACAUAUUUAAAUAGUAUAAAAUGGGACCUGCAUUCUUUGCUUGUUAUAAAUGAAGACAUUGAAGAAGAAUUUAAUACGUUAUUUGUAACUAUGAAAAGAUUUCUUAGUAGAUUAAGCAAUAUCCCAGAUGCAACAUUCCAUUAUGCACCUUCUAAAUUAGGCAAUCAUUGUACACAACCAGAGUAUCAUGUGUAUCAUAUGCACAUAGAAUUGCGAUGGCUUUUUGUUUCAUUAAUGUAUACAAGGAAUACAUAUUGUCAUUAUUCAAAUGAAAAUCAAUUAGAUGAAUUUGAAAAUGUCCAAGGAAUGAUUAUUAAUGACCUAAUAUAUAUCUCAUUGAAAAUAUUUGAAACGAUGCCAGUAGCUAAUGUACAACAAAAAACACCAUAUAAUUGCACUUGUAUUAGAGAAUUAUGGCUUAUGUUUCAAGUAUUUAUUGAUAGCUUAUCUGAAAGAAUGAAAUCAAAGACUUUUUGGGAUUAUGUAAAUAACUGCUUGGAUGCAAUAUUAAAUAGAAAUGCAUCUAACAAUAAAGAAGAAUUUAAAUAUUAUUCUUUAAAGCCUUGUAAAAAUUCUGAAUUAUUUUGUCUUUGGAUUAUAUAUAGUCUUUCACUUUUAUAUGGAUAUAGCAGUGAUGGUAUAUAUUUGGGAUCUAAAAGUUCAAGAAUCAAGCCUAAUUAUGAGCAACUAGAGAAAAUUUUGAAAACAUUCAUCUCUAAAGGUGGGAAAGAUGGUGAAAGAGAUGCACUUGACGACGAAUUACGUAUCAUGAUACCUUUAUUAAAUACUAUUGUUACUAACUGGUGGCAACCAAAAGUUUCUAUAAUUUCUCUCCUAUGGGACUGCUUUCAUAAAAGAUUAGAUGAACCAUUUUUGUUACAAGUAACUGGUCCUUGGACCUUGUCAGUUGAAAAGAAAACUGCUGCUGAUAUCCUUAAACAAGUAAAAGACAGAAUUAAUAAUAUAGAAUGUGGUAAAGAGUCUAGUUAUGGAAUGUUUUUACGUUUACUUGGAUCAUUUCUACGAAUAAACUAUAGUAAUAGUGACACAAAACAUUGGAAUCAAAUCAAAAGUCGUAUCUAUUCAAAAUUUUCUAAAAGUAAAGUUCAAGAAUUUUCAAUAACUGGUUUAUAUAAUUUCAUUUCAUUGUUUUUAACAUUAGCAGUAACUGCAGACACUACAAAUGUUUGUUCAGUAAUGCUAGAUCUAUUACCAGUAAUAAAAGAAUACAAUAGUGAAAAUAGUAAGAAAUAUAGUUUAAUUUGGAAAGGAAAAUUAACUAUUCUUCUCUUGUACAGCGAUCUGAAACUCAAUUUUACUAAUAUAGCUUCCACCUAUAUAGAUACGGUAAAUACUAUAUGUUGUCGUAAAGAUGAUACUUCUCGUUCAAUGAUGAGUAAUUUUGUCGAAGUAUUUGGUAUAAUUCUAUCGUCGAGUAACAUGGAAUUAGGGGAACAUUUAUUACUUAGUGGAUGGAUAGAUCGGUAUUUGUUAGAAUGUCCGAAUAAAGCGAUUGGACCAUUAACAAGGGUAUUGGCUAACAUUUUCGAAAAAUGUGUUUCCCUGGUUAAUAAUUCUUCUAAUAUAGGUUCGCUAUUUGUUAAUUAUAUAUUCAAUAUUAUCAAUUUCAGUUCUUUUCUUCAAUUUAGUUAUUCAAUAGGAGCAGACGGCGCAGAAAAAAUGUUGGAUGCUUUAUGGUGUUACGGAGCGUGUAGAGUACGGCAGCUUGUUUUUGAUCCCACUCUUAUUAGCGAUCAUUACAAUGAUGUCGCAAAACUUGCUGUUGCAUUUACUUUAGAAGCAUUGAGGAAUCCAGUAGUAGCAAAGAAGUAUAAACAUUCAGCCAUAUCUUUGUUUCAACACUUUGCAUCAUCGAUAAUUGUUAAAGAUAUCAGAAUCACAAGGAGUUAUCUUAUGCUAAUACUGGAGCGGCAACAAGCAAUUGAAGAUCUAAAAAAAGAAAUAAAAAAUUUUGAUACAAUAGUCAUUCAAGCAUGGAUAAAAUGUUCUAUCAUUGGUCAUAAUACGAACGGAAAUGAAAUAAAAAUUUUACAAAAUUAUAUAUCACAAUUAACUGAAAUACGGCAAAUGUUUGAGACACCUUGCGAUAUUCAGGAAUUUCAAGAGAGUAGAGAAUCAGUGUUAAUAUUCAUCAUGAAUGCUAUGAAGAAACGAAACCUCUUAAAAACAGAACAAGAACGAAAUCAGUAUGAUACAAAAUGGAAACUGUAUUUUAAUCAUGUAGAAAAAUGGAUUCUUACACCAAUUACAGAAGAUACUAAAGAAUCUGAAUUAGCUUUUUGGAUAUACAGAUGCAUUGGAACUUUAAUUCUUUGUACUUCAGUUAUGCUAUAUUCCAAAAAUCAACCAAAUAACAUGUUCAAGACAUUAUUGAAUAAAACUAUAUUGUCAGUUGAGCAGCCUUUUUUAAAACAUUUGGGAAAAAGGACAUUUUCUAUGAUAUUGUUGGGUAUAGAAACCCUCAAUGUUAAAAGUGAUAUAUCUCUUCAAGUACUAAUACGAGAUCUUUUCGAGCAGUAUAUGACUCUUUUAAUAACUCCAAUUAUUAACACAAGUAAUUUUAAAGUAUCUGACUCGUUGCUGAAAUGCUUUAAAGAUGCAAAAGCAGAUUUUAUUCAUUUGAUAUUUGAAAUAUUAAUGACAAAUUUUUUAACUUUUACGAGUGAUAAUUUAAUGCAUAAACAUUCUUAUCUGGUAAUGAUUAUUCUACAAAAUCUACUCAAGGGUGAAAUCAGUUAUCCAUGUCAUAUAGUAGAAUAUAUUAUUUUGAUUUGUCCACCCCGUAUUAUUGAAUGCUAUGUAAAAGUUCAUGAACAUCACCCACAUAAACAACAAACUAUUGAUUUUAUAAAUAAUGUUACUAGGAAUCGUUAUUAUAAAGAAAGUCGUUUGUUACAGAACAAAUUUAACAAUGUCAUAUCUACUACUGUUCAAAAAUUACUAAUGACAAAUCAACAUAACACUUUUGAAUUUUUACGUUCAAUUUUGCCCGCAAUAACCGAUAUAGUACAAUUUUUAUCAGUUCAAAUGGAAAGUACUUUAAUCGACUUAGAAAGAAAUCGGCGUCCAAAUGCAACAUCGUUCAGAUAUUCGUGGAAUCAACUUCAAAAUGCUGUGAAAAAUUUAAAAAAAAAUUAAUAAUUCUAAACGAUUUACCGCCGCGUAUAGACUAUCUACAUGUCGCUGAAGAACAGCAUUUUGGGCCUCGUAAUCCGAAGUGGC